AGGAGCAAAGCAGACUGUGUAAAACGUAGCUCUUUUUCUUUUUCGUCUCUCUGUCCUCGCAACGAAACUUGGGGAUUCAGCCAACUCGAUUGAUUUGUCAUUCUCAGUUCAUAUCGGUUGAGGUUUAAAAUGUCAAAGUCAGCUGUAGAUGUUCCUUUCCAGGGUGGAUUCAAUUUUGAUCUAUGCAGAAGAAAUGAUAUGCUUUCAAAGAAGGGUGUUAAACCUCCCUCUUACCGGAAGACGGGGACAACUAUUGUUGGGUUGAUUUUCCAGGAUGGAGUCAUUCUUGGGGCAGAUACCAGAGCAACUGAAGGGCCCAUAGUUUGUGAUAAGAACUGUGAGAAAAUUCAUUACAUGGCACCAAACAUAUAUUGCUGUGGAGCAGGAACUGCUGCUGAUACAGAGGCUGUAACUGACAUGGUCAGCUCCCAGCUGCAAUUACAUCGUUACCAUACUGGUCGAGAGUCAAGGGUUGUUACUGCACUGACCCUUCUCAAGAAGCACCUUUUCAACUAUCAAGGCUAUGUCCAAGCUGCACUAGUGCUUGGUGGAGUUGAUUGCACUGGACCUCAUCUGCAUACUAUAUAUCCUCAUGGAUCAACUGACACAUUGCCAUUUGCUACAAUGGGGUCUGGUUCUCUUGCUGCUAUGGCCAUAUUUGAAUCUAAAUACAAAGAAGGCCUAACUAAAGAUGAGGGGAUAAAGCUUGUAGUUGAGGCAAUAUGUUCUGGUAUAUUCAAUGACUUGGGAAGUGGAAGCAAUGUUGAUGUUUGUGUAAUAACAAAGGGGCACAAAGAGUACUUGAGGAACCAUCUUUUGCCAAAUCCCCGUACUUAUGUCAGCCCAAAAGGCUAUUCUUUCCCCAAGAAGACUGAGGUCCUCUUAACUAAGAUUACCCCACUGAAGGAAAAGGUGGAAAUCAUUGAAGCAGGGGAGGCAAUGGAAGAGUGAAAAACCAUUGGCCCUAGAAGAGCAAAGGGCUGAAACUAUUGUAGUUUACAAUUUCCAGAUUGAAAGCUCUUUGACCUUUUAUUUACAUGUUUCUGGAUUAGCUUGCCAUCUCCAGCUGCACUUAUGGAUUAGCAAAGAAGUAAUUUAUGUUUAAUUGAGAACUUGAUGUUGUAUCAUGCGUUUCAACUUGAAUUCCCAUGGAAAUUAUCAGAAGAAAAUUGCUUGAAUGAACUUUUAAGAAUUUCCUUUUCUA